AUGGCUUCCACCACUCGGUGUGUUACUUCGCCGUGAGAAAGAUGGGAUUCGCCAUACGCCUAAAGACGUUAAUAAACGUCUUCGUCGAUCCGGCAUCAUAGCUACGAGUGGCACGGCGACAGUUCGGAGGAGCCCAAUAUGUUAUUCUUCCAGUUACCCGAGGAUGUGCUUUACCUAAUCCUGUCGUUCCUGGAUUACAAAUCGCUAUGUCGCCUCUCUCAAGUUUGCAGGAGAAGCUAUCACUUCAUUCUCCGAGACGGCGUAUGGAGGAGGAUUGCAAAACACUUUAUCAACACUGGAAUGACGCGGGAAGGAACAGACCUGUAUCCUAACAUCACACUGAAGGACAGAGUGAAGAUUUCUCAAAAUUGGCGCCGUGGUGCUUGUCGCAACAAUGUCCUUCUCAAGUGGAAGAUAAACUUGUUGCCAUGGAUACAGCUGGACGGUGAUGUGCUCUAUCUCUCUCAGGCAGCAGACAUCGGAGCUUAUGAUCUCAGGGGUUCUGAGAGAGGCCGGUUUCAACAUAAUAGGGUGGAUGUUUUUUCAGGACACCAAGAAGACGUUUGUCGAUUCACGUUGACAGACGCACAUCUCAUCAGCGCUGGAGGGGAUGGGAAGAUCAUCGUUCAUUACAAAAACCGGGAUUAUUCUGUGGAGUAUUUUGGCCAUAAUCAGGAGGUGAACUGUAUUGACUCCAGGGGUGAAUUAAUAAUAAGUGGUUCUAGAGACAAGACUGCUAAGGUGUGGACAUUAAAUCCAGACGAGUUGGGAAAAUGUCUUCACACUAUCCCUACUUAUGACAGAGUAUGGUCAGUGGCCAUCAGUCCCUCUCUGUGCACAUUCGUGACUGGAACAGCAUGCUGUGAAAACUUUGCUCCUCUUCGGAUAUGGGACACAGAAAGGUGUGACCUGGUGACGUGUCUUGGCACAAAGUUCCGCAGAGGCGCAGGUGUGUUGGAUAUUGUGUAUGAGUCUCCCUUCCAGCUCCUCACCUGCGGAUAUGACACUUUCAUCCGCUACUGGGAUCUUCGUGUCUGCUCCAGGAAGAGUGUGAUGGAGUGGGAGGAGCCUCAUGACAAUGCACUUUACUGUAUGAAGACCGAUAAGAAUUAUAUGAUCGUCAGUGGUUCCUCGUACUAUGGGGUGGUGCGUCUGUGGGACAAACGACAAACCCGCUGUUUGCAGAUGUUCCAGCUUACCUCCACCACCAGUAGUCCUGUGUACAGUCUGUGCUUCAACGCCACACACCUGUACGCCGCCCUGGACUCAGCCCUCUACUCACUGGACUUUAAAACCCCAGGGCCCAGGCCCAAAAGAUAAAACAUCACAAUGGCACAAUAACACGCACACACACUCACAGUUACAUGUGCCUUGGCUUUUAAGUCCACAUAACACAACUUCAGCACCUUGUUCCUCCAUCUCUGACAUCGAGCCUUUGACCUUUUACCCUUUCAAAGCCUCAGCUUAGAACUUCAGGAACCCCAUUAAAAUAUCUGUACCCAGUGUGGCCUUGGAUUGGUGCCACAGAUAGUAGCAGAUAGUUGUCAUUUUUUCACUAAUCUGUGUCACUGGCUGUUGAGAGGAGCAGAGGGAGCAGGGUUCAUGACCUUCUGUGACCUAAGCUUUAACGGAUUUAACACAUUGCUAGCGACCUGUGGGAUUAUAAAAUAAACACUGCUCUAAGCUGAUUGAAUCCAUGCGUAUUUAUACUGACUUGAAUACAGUACAAUGACUUUUCUUUUCCUACUGUGCAAGAGCUAGGUUUUUCCCCCCAUUAAAAAAAAUUGAAGGUAAAAUGGUUACAGUGUUUUUGUGCUUUUUGUGUUUCCUCUGGUCACAGUGAAAUAAUGUUGUGAAGUUGUUGCUUUAAUUUAGCACUUGUUCUGUAUAGAUGCCGCAUUAGGCAAAUAAAGAUUUUAUACUGUCAACACAA